AUGAUCUCUGGCGCUGACUCUCCGAUUGCUCCUGUCGUCGAGUCCAUUGACGACGACACAAAGCUCAGUAUCACUGAGGACGACGAGCUCGAUCAUGUUACCGGAGAUGGUAGAGCACCUACUACUUUGGAACUUGCUACGCUACGACGCGUAUCGGCUCCUGUUCCUUGGCCAGCCUACCUCGUCUGUUUUGCUGAACUUGCUGAACGGGCGAGCUACUUCGGAUGCACAGCAGUCUUUACGAAUUUCAUCCAACGCCCACUGCCUAUAGGAGGCAACGGUGCAGGUGCACCUCCUGCAGGGACACAAGAAACGGCGGGAGCGCUGGGUCUCGGGCUUCCUGCCGCGAGCGGUAUCAGCUUGACCUUCUCGUUCCUUGCGCUUGCGCUACCCAUAUUCGCCGGCGUCCUUGCGGAUACCCGCUUGGGUAUGUUCAAGAUGAUCUUUAUAGCGUCUUUGAUCGGGAUUGUCGGCCAUGUUGUGCUCGUAGUCGCUGCUGUGCCUACCGUUCUCAGAACCGGGCAUGCAAUCAUCCCUUUCGCAAUCGCACUGUUCAUCCUCGCAAUCGCAUCUGCAGCCAUCAAGGCCUGCGUGACCCCGAUUAUCACCCAUCAAUGUCCUAUAGACGCUCCACGUGUGCAGAUUUUUCGACCUGCCAAGGGAUGGCGCCGCUGGUUAUCGUUCGGGCCGAAGGGUGUCGAUGGCGAGAAGGUCAUACACGGCCAGACGGUCCUUCAGGUGAUUCCUCGAGGGAGGGGUACAACAGAUUUCUGUGAUGCCUCCGAGGAUUUUCGGAAAGGGCGGUCAAAGAUCCGAGCAGACGAACUUCGAGGCCAUCCGCGAACCCCACGGUCAGAGUAUCCGCGAACGCGUCGGAGUGACGUCACGGACACAGCGGAGCCGCGUUGA